AUGGAUAGCACUGCCAGUGACACACUUGCAACACAAACUCCAGCAAUGGAUCCUCAGACAGCUCAAAUUCUCUUUGAGCAGGGUGCCAUGUUUAUUAUCAUGGAUUUCCCUGAAGGAGCUGAAUUUGGCAUUGACUACAAUUCUUGGAUUGUUGGCCCUAACUUUAAAGGUGUCAAGAUGAUACCUCCAGGAAUUCAUUUUAUCAGUUUCAGUUCGAAGGACAAAGAUGACCAGCUUGGACCACGAACUGGAUUUUUUUGCAAUUUCACUCCAAAAGAAAUCGUUGUUAGACGUUGGGAUGUCAAAAUGGAAGCCGUCUCUGAUCAACCAGUUUCAGGUGAAGAACUUGAAAGAUUUGAAAACAACAGAGAAGAGUUGGACAGAUUUCUUGGACCUUACCCUUAUGACAAAUACAAGCAGUGGGUGUCACUAACAAACCAUAUCAGCAAAGAUGUCCUAAGUCUCCUUCAGCCUGAUGGUGGCAUAAUAUACUCAGUGGCUCAGUUUGAAUCCGAAGCCAGCACAACACAGUCUCGACGAGCUGCAGCUUUAGAAGAAGAGGUCAUGGACACCGACUCAGCUAGCAAAGCUAAAAAACCAAAGCUUCCCAAACUGAAAACUGUGGCUGGUACUAAAAUCAAGUACACAAGCAUCCCAAAGAAGAAAUACCCAGAUGGAGCAACACCAGCGGAAAUCUCCAAAUACAGCUUGGAUUCGUCCUAUACUUUAGAUUUGUUGCUAAAUGAGAGGUUUGGCAAAGACAUUAACAUUCUCUUGGGUGAAAUUCAGUAUGCUUUUGUUUGUUUCCUUAUCGGCCAGAAUUAUGACUCGUUCGAACAGUGGAAAAAGCUGGUGCACUUGCUGUGUACUAGCGGUGAUGCCAUUACACAGUAUCCAGAAGCAUAUUCGUCUUUUAUUUCUAUUCUGCAUUUUCAGAUUCGUGAAAUUCCAUCAGAUUUUUUUGUUGAUAUUGUAACCAGCAGCAACUUUCUAACAGCCACCCUGCAUGAACUGUUUCAGAAUUUGCUCGGAGAUCAUGUGGAUCCCAAGUUAAGGAAAAAAGGCUUGAGUUUUCAGAAGCACCUGACAGACAAAUUUAAAUGGGACUUUAUGUCAGAGCCUGAUGAGUUUGCCCCAGUGGUUGUUGACUGCUAG